UCUUGCCAGUCGAUGCUCUCAGCCAGAAAUCAGUCGUCAGUUAGUAGCCGAAGUGUCAGUUACACACAUCGAGAGUUCCACCAGCGCGUUGCGUCGCAUUUCGAAUAUCAUCGUAUCCAAAAAAAACUAUAAAUUUUCCCAAGUGUGAAAACCCCUCAAGAAAAUAAUAAACCAGAGACUGAUCUGAAAGUGUUGAACAUCUAAAAGAAUCGCAAAAAAAUCUGCACAAGUGAGCCAACGUUUAGCAACGAUCGGGAAUCGCUGCAAUUAAAAAGUCAUCGUUACACCCAGUUCCAGACCGAAAACCAGCACCACAAAAAAUAAGAUGAACCAGACAUGCAAAGUGUGCGGAGAGCCGGCGGCGGGCUUCCAUUUUGGCGCCUUCACCUGCGAGGGCUGCAAGUCUUUCUUCGGAAGAUCUUACAACAACAUCAGCACCAUUAGCGAGUGCAAGAACGAGGGCAAGUGCAUCAUCGACAAGAAGAACCGGACCACCUGCAAGGCCUGCCGCUUGCGCAAGUGCUACAACGUGGGCAUGUCCAAGGGCGGAUCCCGCUACGGACGCCGCUCCAACUGGUUCAAGAUCCACUGCCUCCUGCAGGAGCACGAGCAGGCCGCUGCCGCCGCUGGAAAGGCACCACCCAGCCAGGUUGGAGGCGCCACAGCUCCUUCGGCCGCCUCGCCGGUAGGCUCCCCCCACACCCCCGGUUUCGGAGACAUGGCAGCAGCAGCCGCCCAUCUGCACCACCACCAGCAGCAGCAGGCCGCCGCCGCAGCGGCUCAGCGCGGACACCCACACAUGCCACUCCUGGGCUACCCCGGCUAUCUGCCCGAGCACGCCGCCGCCCUGCCCUUCUUCAGCAUGAUGGGUGGAGUGGCCCCUCAUCAAUCCCCCUUCCCGCUGCCCCCGCAUCUGCUCUUCCCAGGCUACCAUGCCUCGGCAGCGGCCGCAGCCGCCUCGGCAGCCGACGCCGCCUACCGCCAGGAGAUGUACAAGCACCGCCAGAGCGUGGACUCGGCGGGCUCUGUGGAGUCCCAGAGCCGCUACAGCCCGGCCAGCGGUGUCGCCGCCCCAGUGCAAGUGCCUCAGCCGACCAACUCCGCUCGCCAGACCCCCAUCGAUGUGUGCCUGCCCGAGGAGGAUGUGCAGUCGGUGCACAGCCACCAGUCCGGCAGCCUCCUGCAUCCCAUCGCCAUCCGUGCCACGCCCACGCAGCAGCUGCACUCCAGCUCGCCCAGCAGCCCGCUUAGUUUUGCUGCCAAGAUGCAGAGCCUCUCGCCCGUGUCCGUGUGCUCGAUCGGCGGAGAAACCACCCCGGCACCCAUUGCCCAGCCUGCCACGCCACCAGCCACCGCCCAGGAGGGUCCCAUGGACCUGAGCAUGAAGGCGUCGCGAAGCUCGGUGCACAGCUUCAACGACAGCGGCAGCGAGGACCAGGAUCUGGAGUCAGCUCCCCGCCGGAAGUACUACCACUUGGACGCGGAGUACACCAGCAGUUCCUCCCACUCGCACUCCCAGUCGCCGCCCGCCACCCAUCACGCUGAGGUCAAGCGCCAGAAGCUGGGUGGUGCUGAUUCCACCCACUUUGGUGGCUUCGCCGUCUCCCACAAUGCCGCCAGUGCCAUGCGGGGCAUUUUCGUGUGCGUCUAAGGCUAAGAGUGGGUACGGACGGAGGUGAAAGGCGCGAGAAAUCUCAUUUCGGUGGGAGGAGCCCCCACAGCCCCACAGACCGUUGUUGUUGUUUUACGGUUUAGUGUACUUUUUUUUGUUAGUUUGAGAAAAUGUAAAUUUUUCGGUGUGCUCGCUCACACCUAGGAGACACGAACGAGACGGGGAGAGACUGGUUUCGCUGGAAAGAGCGAGUGAGAAGGAGACAGCCAGCCAGGUAGUUGCAUUGCACUCACACAAUCACAAACACACGUACACCACACACACUCAAACACCUAAAAACUAUUGAGCUCAAACCCAAAAAUUAUUUUUAUGAAACGUUAAAAAAUUGUAAAUAUUUAUUUGAGCCUGUUUGCAAUUGUAUUUAAAGCUAGAAGGAAGCGGAGGAGUUAGUUGACAUUCCCACCCUCGAAUCACUAUUGUACAUAGAAUUGUUAAGUCUAAGCAUGAUCUUAAUUGUGUCUAAGUAUUUUAUUGUAUUUUAGUUAUAGUUGCUCUUUAUCCCUACGAUUGGCUUUUAAUUUUAUAAAAGAAAAAUAAAAAUGAUUAAAAAUUAAA